UGUAACAAUCGUUACGUUACAGACAAAGCAGCCCUAUUAGAUGAACUCGCUCAACUGAAAACCACCGUUGAAAAGCUAGAGACUGAAAAGACGAGAUAUAAGACCCGAAUCAAAGAAUUGAACGAAGAGAAUGCCUCCCUUCAACGACGCUCGAACGAUAUAAGUAAUUUUGGAAGCGAACGUGAAGACUCUCCGGAUGCAUUGUCCGAAAUCGACAAGCAGGAGGAGCUACUGAACAACAUCAGCACCAAAAACAAGCACAUAAAACGAUUGCUCCGUGACAUCGCAUCACUCGAGUCACAAUGUGCAUCCAAAUCCACUCAAGUUGACGAAUUGAAAGUAACCUUGUUGGAUGCAACGAAGAAUUUGACUUUGAUCACCAACCAAAUGGACGAGUAUCGGUUAAAAAUCAAAGAACAAGACAGCACAAUCGAUUCAUUGAAUAAGCGAACCGUUGAAUUGGAACAGCACAUGAUGGAUGUGGAAAAUGAGAAACAAGAACGGGAAUUCGAAUUGCAAGAGUUCGGAAAGCAACUGGAAAAUCGAGCUCUGGUUUGGAAGCAAAUGCUGGAAGAAAAGAAUGAGAGACUGGAUUCGCUGAGAACUAAAUACGACGAGAUUCUUAAUGUAAAUCCGGGGUAUAACAUCGACGCUGACCGAGUCGAGAUGAGGCGAUUGACAGAGGCAAUUCGAGAACGCGACCAAAUCAUAACCGACCUCGAAACGAAAUUAAAUGAGCUGUCGAAAGAGCUUGUCGACUCAACGGAUAUGAUGAAUAAAUUGGCAAGGGAACGCGAACGUACCCAAGAGAGUGCGACAAAGACACAGCAGAAAUCAUGCUGUGACGAUAUCAAACUUAUGCUGGAAAACUCGACAAAACGAUGCCAAGAACUGCAGGAAAUCAUAACCAAUUUAGAAGAAGCCAAUGUUCAUAAGUCGAAACAGGCAAUGGAUGCACUUGAAGCACUCCAGUCUUAUCAAAAUGGAGAGGAUGGAUUGUCUCAAGCAAUAAAGAAGAACACCGAAUUGCAUAGCAAAGUUCAAUCAAGGGACAAACAGAUUCGGGCUUUGGUCAUGGAAUUGAAUUCGCUCCAAAACGAAGCCCAGGAAAAUGUUGUUUUAAGGAAACGACUCGGUAUCCCGGAAGACGAAUAUGUUUCAACGAAUACGUUGUCGGCCCGUCAAAGAAGAUUCGAGAAAACUAACGAACGAUUGAUGCUGAAAUUGCGUGCUUCGGAGGAGAUGCGCUUACAGCUCAAGUUGGAUAAAAACGAUUUAAAGCGCGUGAUAGACCAGCUUCGUAACCGAACCGAUCACGACGCAGACUCUGUCGAUGUUGCCAUUGGCAAAGGAGAAUCCGAGGUCAAAUAUUGCGAAAAAUGUCUUGCGAAAUACAAUGUGCCUGAAAACGGUGCUAAGUGUGAUAGAUGCGUGGCGAAGCAAAAUUGUAACUACUGCGAAAAUUGUCAGAAGCAGAUGAAGAUCGGCAGUGACGGGAAUACAGCCGAAUUGAAUUCACAGAUCUUAGAGUGGGAGUCAAAGUACACCAUGGUCGUGGAGGAAAACGAGAAUCUUUUAUUGGGAAUGCAUAACAUUCUGGAGAAAUUACGAAACUAUGACGCCGAAUCCGAUCAUGUCGUCAUUGAUACAACAAUCCUCGAAAAACUGCUGCACGCUCUGGACGCUCGCAGUGUAAGUGGGUGGUACCAUCCAGCCAUGAGAAUUCAAAACGAGUUAAUCGCAUCGAAGGAGAGAGAAUACGCUUUGAAAGAACGGUGUCGAAUAAGUGAAAAAAUUCUGGAGAAAAGCGACAAAUCCGAUAGACCUGUACCGAAAGCGAGACAGUCUUUGAAAUCUCAACCGAAUACCGUGCAGGGUGUACAGGGUGUCAAUGCAGACGGUGAUGAUGUCGCUAAGGGAAGUGAAAAAGUUAUCAACGAACGAGUGCAACAAUUCGGCUCACUGUACCAACACAUUUUGGAUCAAGAGGCUGAAAUCGAAAAGCUUCGGUUGGAAUUGGCGGAGGCUGUAAGCAAACAAAGGGAAAAUGAGAUGAAGAUCGACGAAUUGAAAGAAUACGAAAGUCAAUUCAAUGAGUUGACCGAAAUUACGAAAACGACUGACGAAACGAAAGACUCAACGUUGGCCGAGCAGAGUGAACAAAUGGUCCAGCUUAAGAAUGCCAUUAAUUGCGAAGUGAAGAAAACGAAAUUUGCUCAAGAAGACUAUGAAGACCUGAGCAAAAUCCACAAACAAACGAAGGAAAAGCUGAAUCGACUGAUGUUUGAAUUACGCCGAGAAUUGAUUGAAUCGAGAAAAUUGUACUCGGACCAUAAAAUCAAGCAGACGAAGAUGGAACCACUUGCAACUGAUGACAAAAAUGAAAUUGCUGCACUCCGGACUGAAUUGAACAAUUUGAAGACGAAAACGAGCUACUUGAAUUCUGAAAUACUAAAAGAUGUGAAGACGCUGGACGUUGACAACGAGACCGGAUUGAAUUUUGAACGAAUCGAGAAGCUGGGAGUGGUGAGAAAUAAUUUCGUGGUCGAUUUCAUAACCAGGACGGAGUAUGAGGACUUGGAAUCUCGAUGUAAUGCACUGUCUACUCGAAAUGAUGAGCUUACAGCUCACAGUGACCACCUUGAAAAGCUGUUAAAUCUGUCGCAAGAGCAGAUCAAAUCACAGCAACAGAUUCUUGCAAGAGCAUCCGAAGAAGAAAUCAAUCUGAGGCACUUAGUGGUGGACAUGCAAGCUACUAGCAACGAAAAGUACAUCAUCGCAAAGUUGAGCCGAGAGCUUCAGCAGACUCAAGAAUUGCAUGACCUAUCUGAACGAGAAAGUAAAUCGAUGAGCGACGAAAUUGCUCGAUUGCAACAGGAACUGGAAGCGGUGAAAAAUGACUUAGAUGAGCGACAGGAAGCCUUCCGAAAGAAGAAUGCGGAGAAUGAUUUCAAGCUCAAAUUCCUCUCAAAGACUUUCAAAGAGCUUCGUCAGAGUUACCACGAAUAUAUGCCCAUGUACCCGGUGAACGACUUUCUUGCUGAUUUCGUUCAAGUUAUUGAAUGCAAGAAAAAAUUGAACAAAAAAAUUGAGGAUACGAACCAAAUGGACCAUCAACUUCAAGUGGACGAGUACCUACGAUUGGCCAAUGACAGUUUGGGCAGUGAUGCAAUGGAGAAUAAGAUCACGAUGAUCAAACUCCAGACUCAUACCACACAUUUGGAACAGCAGAACAAAGGCCUACAACAGCAAAUCCAAAACUUAACUGCUGAGUUGGAGCAACACAUUCAGCGGGAAGUAACUGGCACAGAACACUGGAACAUCAUUAAACUACUGUUCGAAGACAAUCGCAAUGAAAAUUGUGAAAUGUUGGAAAAGGGAACUCAAGCACUAGUCGGUACUAGUGACAAGGAAACCAAUACCGAUCAGUCAAACGAGCCACACACACCACCAGUCGCGACGCAAACCCUAUCUCCUCAACACACUUCCACGAUAAAAACGACUUCAGCAACAGCAACAACUCCAAUGCAAGACAAUAGCCUUGCAUUGUCCAAUGAAAAUACUCAAAGGUCCAUGGAAUCUCAAUUGAAGCAAGCGAUGAGCCUAGCAUCCACCCGCAGUUCAUUGUUACUGGAAACGGAGAAUCGUCUGGCUAUUGCCCAAGGACGCAUUAAAUUGCUGGAACGCAAUUUGGAGGAAAAGGAGAAACAAUUGAAAGAGGAACGGGACAAACUCAGUCGAGCUCAGUCUCCGCGCAAAGAUGACAACAUAUUGAGCGUCACGAUAACGUCUCUGCAAAAUUUGUUAUUGGAAAAGGACACCACAUUGUCGCGGUAUCAAGAUCUUCUCCGGAACGAACGACAAGAUCGCCUGAAGUCGUUUGAUGAUCAUCGGAAUGAAGUGAAAUUGUUGCAGAACACCGUCGACGAUUUGGAAGUGAAAUUGAGAAUGAAGGACAGAGAGAACGAGAAAUUGAUGGCAAGAAUGAAAGACAUGGAAGGGAAAAGUGUUGCGGUACCAGUGACUGAUGUGUCAGUCUUCGAGGAGGAGUUUUCGCAAAUGUCGGACAAGCAUAUCGAGGAUAUGUUUUUGAAUGAACGGCAAGUGACAUUCAGUAAUGAGCCGGACGUUGAUUCGACAGAUUCAAAGGCUAAAGUUCAAACACUGGAAAGAGAUUUGGAGAAACUGCAGGCAAAGCUGAGAGAUGUUCGAAACAGAGAAAACUUCCUGGAGAAAACUCUGAUGGAGAAAGAUAAGGAAAUAGCGUCGCUGAAUGAGAGGAUAAGCGAUCAGGAUAUUGAGUACAAAGACAUGUCAGAGAACAUACUGAAUAGCAGAGAGAUCGAUCAACUGAAAGAAAUGUUGGAAGAGAAGGACCGCCACAUUGGCGAUCUAACUGACACCUUAACGCACUUCCAUGACGACCAGCAGAAAUUCAUUAACGACACAUCUCUCCAUUCAGCUGAACAAGUGGCUCAACUGAGUGCCGAUUUGAAUCGUUGUGAAGCCACAAAUCGCAUUCUGAACACCCAACUAGAAGCAAUGAAGCGCCAGAUUGUAAACAUAAGUCAGCGUGAAGGCCAGGCCCGUGAAAUGGUCAAAUCCUUAAAGACGCAACUCAUGAAGCGGCCGGUCAUUUCGGUCAAAUCCGAUAGGAAUUAUUCGAAUCGCGAAGACAUUUUGCAGAAACGUCUGAAUCAAAUCGAAAACGAGCUUCUCUCGACCAAAGAAGAACUGCGCAAGCAAACUGCUCUGGCGCAAAAUCGUCGCACAAAAGACGCUGCCGAAUUGAGUCUGUGGGAUAAGCAGAAAAGGUUCCAACAACUGUCGGACAAUCUGAAAAUCAAGCUGGCAGAACGCGAACGGGAACUGGAGAAAUUAAAUUCACAUUUCAGCACUGCCAAAACAACGAUCGCCCGAUUGGAACGGGAAAAGAAUCUGCUCGAAAAUCGACUACGAGCUGGCAAAAAAUCAUAUUGCUUGGCACCAUCGUGUCCGAAUUUACACUCAAGCAAGUAUACGCCAGCUGAAAGUCCCGAAUCAUGCCAGACGAGCGAUUAUGGAGAUGGUAGUUCGAUGCGGGAUAAGCGACUGGACAUAUCCGAUAAUAAUCAGGAGCUACUUGAUGCGUUGAAGUCACGAAUCGAAAUGCAACAACGUAAAAUUGUUGCCAUGGAACUGGAGGGUAAGGGAAGCAAUGCCGUUACAUCCGAAAUUGAGAAAUUGCACGAAAAACUGUCCGCUUGCGAAGCGCAAAACGUACGUUUAGAGGCGAGGAAUCUUCAACUACAGUUGGACUAUGACAUGCUCAAACAGGAUGAUAACAGUGAACGUACGAAGAGACAGAUUAAACAUUUAGAAGACUACAUUUUGGCGUUGAAAGGAGAACUGGCCCAAUCGUUGAGCUCCACCCAUAAACCUACCAGCAACAGUAACAAUUCGACAGGUCAAAUGGAACAGACAAUUCUUUCGUUACGUCGCAUUGUGGAACGUCUUAAAGUGGAGAAUAAGAAUUUGAAAGAAGGAAAAGGACAGAACGCUUCCAAGGGAACGGUAUCGAAGGACAACACCACUAAGCUCCGACAGGAACUCGAUAAAAUUCAGCAAUCGUAUUCCGAGGCAUUGGACAAAGUUUCAACGCUACAAAUCGAGCUGGAUAUGCGUACCGGACUGUGCAAAAACUGUAAGUCACGAAACGCUGGAACGUCUGAGGCCGUCGAUUCUACAGUUGAAACUUUGAAAGAGAAAUUGAUCAAAAAAACGCAACUGCUUGAGAAAGCGAAAAUUCUCUUAUCUCGUGCGGCAGCAAAAGAGAAAAACUUUAGAGAACAGAUAAUUUUCUGGAAACGAAGAUGCUCGGAAUUGCAAAAUGUUCCUGUUAUCGACGAAGCCAGUGAGUAGGAGGGAUGAGUUCCAGAGUUUAGUUGCAGAUUUGCGUGGACUGUAAUUUGAGAGUGGGGUCGGACACAGAUCCAUCACUUACAAUUUGUAAAUAAAAAGAAACAAAAUUUACCCGUGUAUACUACCAGCGUUGCUUACAAAAUACACGUCUCAUCGGUAAAUAAAUGGAAUUAUCGUUUUCCUGUGGUCCGGAUACUCACUACCAAAGCCAGUCGGCGAUUGGUCUGC